AUGGAUGGUGACUACACUAUUGGGGGUGUUUUUGGCAUCCGCUACUACACGCACACACCUGUGCAUAACUACACCACCAUGCCUGAGCCACUAAAGUGCACAGGGAGAAUUAACUUCCGUGUAUUGCGCUUCGCGCUCGCAAUGGCCUUUGCCAUUGAGGAAAUUAACAACAGCACAGAGCUGCUGCCAGGCAUCAAACUUGGUUAUCAGAUCCUCGACUCAUGCACCACAGUGUCUGUGACGAUGCAAGUGGCAUUCCAGUUAUCAAAUGGGCUGGACCCGGUGUUUAACACCACUGACAAGUGCUCGCAAUCUGGUAUGGUGAUGGCUAUCGUCGGUGAGGCUGAGUCCACGGCAUCAAUUAUCAUGUCACGUGUCCUUGGGCCGUUUAAUAUCCCUCAAGUGAGCUACUUUGCUACUUGUGCAUGCCUGUCUGAUAAGCAACAGUUUCCAAGUUUCUUCAGAACAAUCCCCAGUGACCAGUUCCAGACUGACGCACUGGCCAAGCUGAUGAAACACUUUGGCUGGACAUGGAUAGGUGCUGUCCGUUCAGAUUCAGACUAUGGCAAUAAGGGCAUGGCUUCUUUCCUGGACGCAGCACAGAGGGAGGGGAUCUGUGUGGAAUACUCUGAAUCUUUACAUCGGACCCACCCACAAAGCAGGAUCCAGAGAGUAGCAGACGUUAUCCGCAGGUCGACUGCUGUGGUUAUUGUGGCUUUUACUGCUUCUGCAGAAUUAAAGCUCCUGCUAGAAGAGCUGUCACUCAAGCCUUCUCCACCUCGCCAGUGGAUAGGCAGUGAGUCCUGGAUAACUAACCGAGACAUGCUGAAGUUCAGCAUCUGUGCUGGAGCCAUCGGAUUUGGCAUUCAGAAAUCUGUCAUCCCAGGUCUGAGAGAAUUCUUGCUGGAUAUGUCUCCCACUGGAGUGGCUGUCUCUCCAGAGCUCACUGAGUUCUGGGAGGAUGCGUUCAGCUGUAGGCUGGAAAAAAGUACAGAUGAAACUGUGUGUGAUGGAACUGAAGACCUACACACGCUAAAGAACCAGUACACUGACACAUCUCAGCUCCGAGUCACUAACAUGGUGUACAAGGCUAUUUAUGCAAUAGCACAUGCCAUUCAUAAUGCAGUGUGUAAGGACACAAAUUCUGGUACUCACUGUGACAAAAACACCAGGACUGAAUUCAAACAGGUUCUUGCUCAGCUGAAAAAAGUGAAUUUUUCCAAAAAUGGCUAUGAUGUGUCAUUUGAUGUCAACGGGGAUCCUGUGGCUACAUAUGAGUUGGUUAACUGGCAAAAAAGUGAGAGUGGCAGCAUUGAGAUGGUGACAGUAGGGCUUUAUGAUGCAUCACUGCCGAAGGGCCAAGAGUUCAUCAUCAACAGGAACUUCACCUGGGUAGAUGGUGGCACACAUGUUCCUGUGUCAGUGUGCAGUGACAGCUGUCCUCCAGGAACUCGUAAAGUGCUGCAGAAAGGAAAGCCCAUCUGCUGUUAUGAUUGUAUACCAUGUCCUGAGGGGGAGAUAAGCAAUAUUACAGAUUCCCCUGAUUGUUUCCCUUGCCCCAAGGAAUUCUGGCCAAAUGAAGAGAGAUACAUUUGUUUCCCUAAGCCUGUGGAGUUUCUUUCCUUUGAUGAGGUUCUAGGAAUCAUCCUGGCUGCAUUUUCAGUUGGUGGUGCCUGUCUUGCCAUUACCAUAGCGGCUGUGUUCUUUUGUCACAGGACAUCCCCAAUUGUCAGGGCAAACAACUCUGAGCUGAGCUUCCUGCUGCUCUUCUCCCUGACUCUAUGUUUCUUAUGUUCGCUGACUUUCAUUGGAGCACCAUCUCAUUGGUCCUGCAGGCUGCGCCACACAGCUUUUGGGAUCACCUUUGUCCUCUGUAUCUCUUGUGUUCUCGGAAAAACAAUAGUUGUGUUAAUGGCUUUCAAAGCUACACUGCCAGGUAGUAAUGUCAUGAAAUGGUUUGGCCCUCUACAGCAAAGGAUGACUGUAGUGACUUUAACAUUUAUUCAAGUUUUAAUAUGUAUUAUUUGGUUGUGUCUUAGUCCCCCUUUUCCAAUGAAAAACCUAACUACAUAUAAGGAAAGAAUCAUCUUGGAGUGUGCAUUAGGUUCAGCUGUUGGGUUCUGGGCUGUUCUCAGUUACAUAGGUCUACUGGCAGUCUUUUGUUUAGUGUUAGCUGUACUAGCUCGUAAACUACCUGAUAAUUUUAACGAAGCCAAGCUGAUCACCUUCAGCAUGCUUAUAUUCUGUGCAGUCUGGAUCACCUUUAUCCCAGCGUAUGUCAGCUCUCCUGGUAAAUUUACUGUGGCUGUGGAGAUAUUUGCGAUUCUGGCUUCCAGUUUUGGACUGAUACUGUGUAUAUUUGCUCCAAAGUGUUACAUCAUAUUGUUCAAGCCAGAAAAGAACACCAAGAAACACUUAAUGAACAAAAAUGAAUCCUAA